UCGCGCUAAGUGGGACUGAAGCGUAGCGUUCGCUUUGAGCAUGUGCAGACAGUGCCAAGAGCAGGGUGCCAAGUUUUGACAACUCAGGAUUUAAGUUUUCCUGCUGACUUAGAAACACGGCUGGCACUCUCAAAGAAAGAAGACACAGCUAACUCCAGAAGCGCGGGUCCGAGGAUAGACAGGCCCCAGGGACUCGCAAUCGAAAGCAAGAGGUUGCCCUGUAGUGAAGAAAGUCCUUCGGAAGACCUCCAGGAUCAGCUACUGAGAAGAUGGCUAAUGACCAGCCUUUGCUGGCUGUGCAGGAGGCCCUGAAGAAGUGCUUUCUCGUGGUGGAGAAGCAGCAGGACCUGUGGCAGAGUACUCUGCAGGACUUCUCACCCCUCCUCUCUUCUCUCAGCAACCUGGCUGAGCAGCUUCAGGCUGCACAGAGUCUGCGGUUUGAGGAUGUGCCGGCCCUUCGUCCCUUUCCGGACUUACAGGAGCGGCUGAGGCGCAAGCAACUAGAGGCCGGCGACGUUGUCCUGGACAAGCUAGCUGAGAGGCAAGCCACGCUUCUCAAGGUUCGAGACACCAUCAGCAGCCACGUGGAGCAGGUGUUCCACACCUACGAGCAGCACGCGGCUGUGCUUGACAUGGAUUCUGUCCUGCAGCCCUCAGUCGUGAGCCCCUCUGUGGCUGACAUGUUGGAGUGGCUCCAAGACAUCGACAGACAUUACCGAAGCUCUUCUGGGAAGGUACCUGAAGAGAAAGUACCUCCUCUCCUCCAUACACUGGGGAGACUUGGCCAGCAUCCAGUCACUGCCCAAGGCCUGGGACCAAAUUUCAGAAGAAGAGUGCCAAACCCUAGUGCCAGAUAUCCUGUUGAGUGUCUCUUUCUUCCUGGAGGAGCCAGAGAGCUGUGCAGUAUCUAGAGACCUGGAACAUCACAGUUGAGAGCAGCCAUUGCUGCCCUCAGCUGUCCCUAAGUGAAUGGCAGCCUUGCAACUCGCCACUCUGAAAAACCAGUGCCUAGGCAGAAGUCCCUAGGACUUCUCCAUGCUGGGCCAAGGCCAAGGUCCACGAGCACGGCACCCCCAGCUCUGAGACGUGGAUAGAGGCGGUGGAAAUAGUAAAGGCAACACUGAUAAGCAGUGUCCACCUCCAUCGAUAGGCGUGAAGUGGAAGGAAGGAAAGGACAGAAGGUAGAGUUCUGUGGCCGCCACCGCCUGGAUCAUCUGAAGCACCUCGUGUGGUUGGCUCAAGUCCUGGUUCUGUGUGUGUCAAUAUCUGAGUCCUUAAUGGUGUAAAGAUCUGAGUGGGUCUGGGAGUCUGGGGCAGUAGCCAUGUGUGUAGCACACAUGAAGUCUUGGAUUCAGUAUCCUGCACAGCCAAAAAAGGGAGGCAAAGUGGCUCAAGCCAGUUUCCAUUUCCAAAGCCAACCACCAGGGGGAGAUGGUGCUGCAUGAGGGGUUCUGAGGCUUUGUCCUUGAGAGAGGUCUCCUGCUGCUGUUAAACGUAACUGAGGGGCCCGGGAUGUCCUGCCCAGGACUAGGGAGGCAAAGACAGGUGGAUCUCUGUGAACUUGAGACCAUCCUGGUCUACAUAGCUCCAGGGCCAGCAAGGCCGCAUACUGAGACUCUGUCUCAAAAAGAAAAGAAAACAGAGAAAGAAAGGUAAUUGAGACUAGUGAGAUUCCCUGGUGACAGGUUACGACAGCAGUAAGCGCGCACUGGACUUGGGCUUCCGAGUUUGGCGUGACUGGCCCGGUAGGAGGUACCAGCUGUGACUGUUAGUUUUUAUUGUCUACUUGACACACGGAAAGUCACGUGGGAAGGGAGUCUCAAUGAGGGAUGUUCUAGAUUUGGUUGGUUUGCAAGCGUACUUGCAAAGUUUUCUUAACCAAGGUGAGAAGACCCAGCCUGAAUGUCAGGGGCUGGUCCGGGGACAGGUGAGAAAGAGCAGGCUGAGCACAGGCAGGCAUGCACUAACCCGCGGCCCUCGCUGGUGGCCGAUGUGACCAGCUGCUUCAGGCUCCUGCCACCUUGACGUACCUGCAGUGAUGGACUGUAGCCUCAAAUUCGGAGCCUGAGAAACCUUCCUCCCGUAAGUUGCACUUGUCAAUAUGUUUUAUCAUGUUUUAGGGUUCUCUAAAGGAACAGAACUGAUAGAAUGAAUGAAGAGCUACAUAGAUAAAUGGAUGGGUGGGUGGAGAGAGUGAGGGCAGGCAAGCCUAAAGCAAAAAGCUUCUCUAACAUGGUUUUUUUUGGGCUUCCAGCAGAGGGUGUGGCCCAGAAUUGGGGUGGGUCUUCCCACUUCAAGUGAUCCAGAUUUAGGGUGGGUCUUCCCACCCGAAUGAUCCAAUCAAGAAAAUCCCUCACAGGCAUUCCCGGUUGCUUGGGUUUUAGUUGAUUCCAGAUGUCAAGUUGACAGCCAAGAUUAGCAUCACCCACAGUAACAGGAAAGAAACUGAGAAGCAGCCUUCAGUUGGUAGUCAGAGCCUCGCUUUGCCUUCUGUGCAGUGGCUGCUUGCCUUGGGGUCCCAGCUUCCCACAUGCUUGUAGAAGUUAAGGCUGCCAUGUACAGGACUUAAUGCAAAGGAUGGAUGCUCCCCGCCCCCACCUCUACUUCCAUUCCCAGACAGGGUUUCUCUGUGUAUCCUACAAAGUGAGUCCUGACCAGGCUGUCCUUGAAUUCACAGAUCCGCCUGCCUCUGCCUCCCGAGCACUGUGUUUAAAGGCGUGCGCCACCAUGUCCAGCACCAAACUUGUUCUUUUUAACUUGUGACUAGUGGGAUAUCUGUAAAUAAGUCAAUAAAACUAUAUAGAGUAUA